AUGCCUGGUAGAAGAAACCAAGGCAGAGGCGGUCGAGGUGGCCGUGGAGGAAGAUCUGCGCAGCAGACUGGUCGAGGGUCUCACGGCAAGAAGGCCGACAGACCAAAGCAAUACCAUCCUCACAAUCCUGACUUCACUCACGAGCAGGUGACAAUAUACUUGCUUGAGGCCAUCGCGCUCAAGAGCUUGGACUACGCUCAAGAUAUGAUCUGGAGUGUGAGAAAUAUGGCCCAUGUGGACUUUGAGGCUUUAAGAGGCACUCAAACGGUCUACAAGCCGGGAAAGAACGACUCCGAGUUCUUCAAAAGUUCGAGACAGGCUCGACUUGAUAGGAACUGGGAAAACCUAAAUGUCAAGAUUGACAAAAGAGAAGUGAUCUACACCACGAACCAAUAUACCGUGGCUGCGAUCAUCACCAAGCAUUUCAUCACUCAAGCGAUGAGAGAUAAGUUAAGCAAUGAAACUGAUUGGUUGGACCUCAAGGAAGACCAUGUGAUGCUUCUGAAGCGUAUCAAGACGUUCAUGACCAUCACAGACAAGACCGAGUGGCAACACUUUGGACUCAUGGAAUCUCUCAAGAGAUUCACAAACUGCACUCAGAAGCAAAAUGAGUCUGUGAACGAUUACAGAAGGCGGUUCGAAGCUCAAGCUGACCAAGUAUUCGAAAUCCUUGGCACAGAUGUGUUGCAUGUCUAUGCGACCAAAACAAUGGGAUACCUGGAUCUGGACAAUCCGGAGGCCGAUCCGGACGAUAUCAAGGCGCUCCAAGCCAAGUUCAAGAAAGAAGUUCUGGGCAUAUUCAAAGCAAGUGCCUUUUUCUACAACUGCGAUAGGUCUUGCUUCCAAAGCAUGAUGGACAAGGCAAACCAGACCUACGCCAUGGAAUUCAAGGAAUACGAGCAAAGAAACGAAUAUCCGACUACGAUUGAUCAGGUCGCUAAAGCGCUGAUCAAACAUAAACCGGACAAUAGAAAGAAAGGUCCGACGACACCGAGACCUACUCCAAGCGCACUCACUGCGAGCAGCAGUGCCCCUGACGGAGUGAGCAACUGUAGCCCAAAAACGACAUCAGCUCCAUUGGACAGAAAUCGAAAAUUUCCGAUAUCCAAAAUGUGCUAG